GUGCAUGUGAGAAAGCGACAGCUAGUGGGAGGCAAGCUUUGUGUGGAGAAACAGAAUGAACGCGCAUUAGAUGCUGUUAUUUUAAGCUUGGGUAUUUAUCCGCUUGUUUAAUGUCGCUUUCUGUACGUAUAUGAAGUGAUAUUUUACGGCUUUAGCAUCGAGAGAGGUUUCAUCCUCUUAUGGCAACAUCGGCAUAUCAUAUUAUCAUCAUCACCUCCGCAAGGAAAUAACGGGCAGGGCUGCUGGUAUAUUUAUUUAUUUCUCCCUCAUGAGUCCUGCAACGUUGUGGGAAACGCGAUCGAGCCAGCCAGAGAUAUUUUACUGAUCAUGGAUUAAUGGUUGCGUGAGCUGUAUAUGAAAGGCUUCCAAUGCUGAAUAUGUCAACUCCCAGCGACCUCAAGUCUACCUGCGUGACACGGAACGGCAUGGUCAAGCUGCCCCCCCAGCCCAACGGCCUCGGUUCAGCCAGCAUCACCAAAGGCACUCCAGCUGCCAAGAACCGCCUGUGCCAGUCCUCCUCUGUGCCCACCAUCUUGCCUCCCCCCAGCCUCCCCUAUCACCUGGAACCCCUGCCCACAGCGGCCUCGCUGCUGGGCCCCGACCUGGACACAAGCCCUGUGACUGCCAUCAAACCUCCCCUGAGGCAAUUCCCCAAGCCCCUGCUGGAGAGGCAGCUGGUGUUGGACGAGAAGGUGCUGAACCGGCUCUUAUGGUACUUUACCACGGCCGAAAAGUGCAUUCUAGCCCAGGUGUGCAAGACGUGGAGGAAGGUGCUCUACCAGCCCAAGUUCUGGGAAGGUGUGACGCCCAUCCUGCAUGCCAAGGAACUCUACGCUAUUCUGCCCAAUGGAGAGAAGGAGUUUGUUAGCCUCCAGGCUUUCGCUCUAAGAGGCUUUCAGGCGUUCUGCCUGGUUGGCGUCUCUGAUUUGGACAUUUGCGAAUUCAUCGACAACUAUCCGCUGUCAAAGAAGGGAGUCAAGUCUGUCAGUCUUAAGAGGUCGACUAUCACAGAUGCAGGACUUGAGGUGAUGCUGGAGCAGAUGCAGGGGCUAAUGCACCUGGAACUCUCCGGCUGCAAUGACUUCACAGAAGCAGGCCUGUGGUCCAGCCUGAACGCCCGGCUGACUUCUCUCAGCGUAAGCGACUGCAUCAACGUAGCCGAUGAUGCCAUCGCUGCCAUUUCCCAGCUCCUUCCCAACCUGUCAGAGCUCAGCUUGCAGGCCUACCACGUGACAGAUACAGCCAUGGCCUACUUUACCGCCAAGCAGGGCUACACCACCCACACGCUGCGCUUGAACUCCUGCUGGGAGAUCACCAACCAUGGCGUGGUCAACAUGGUGCACAGCCUGCCCAACCUCACCUCCCUUAGCCUGUCGGGCUGCUCGAAGAUCACAGAUGAUGGUGUAGAACUGGUUGCUGAGAACCUGAGGAAGCUCAGGAGCCUGGAUCUGUCCUGGUGCCCACGCAUCACCGACAUGGCCCUGGAGUACAUCGCCUGUGACCUGCACAAGCUGGAGGAGUUGGUUCUGGACCGAUGUGUGAGGAUCACAGAUACAGGCCUGGGUUAUUUAUCCACCAUGUCCACAUUGAGAAGUCUUUAUCUGCGCUGGUGCUGUCAGGUCCAGGACUUCGGAUUACAGCAUCUUUAUGGCAUGAGGAGUCUUCGCCUUCUUUCUCUAGCAGGCUGCCCUCUGCUGACCACCACCGGCCUAUCAGGCCUGAUUCAGCUCCAGGACCUGGAGGAGCUCGAACUAACCAACUGCCCCGGCGCCACAGCCGAACUCUUCAAAUACUACUCCCAGCAUCUGCCGCGCUGCAUGGUCAUCGAGUAGAGCGAGAGUUUCACGUGUGCGCCGGCACCCUCCACAUCACCAAAACUUCCUCCUUAAAGACUGAUGAUAUACCCGACUUCAUCCUGGACCCACGGGGAGAACUGACAAAGAGAAUUUUUCCGGAGGGGUGAAAAGGGAUCGACACGGAAGACGUAGAGGGGAAAUGUGACGAAAGGUCGAAACGGGCCUUGACUGAUGAUGAGCGAGAACGAAAAAUGUACAAACGGCGGCGGGACAGAAGCUUGAUCUUUCAUUCAAUAACACGAACCCCAACACAUACAUGAAACGUGUCCCUCCAGUGUACUGAGAGACUGGCUUCCAUGUCUCAUCUUACUGUUUUAUCUUAAAGUGAAGAAGGUUACUGCAAGCUGUCGAAGAUAAAGAGAGGCGAACCAAUAAAUAAAAGGGAAAGUGUGAGUUAAAGGAUCCACUGCAACAGGGUCUCUUCGCUUUGUCCAGCGGCACCCAGUUUUUCGCUCCUCUCGCGUGGUGCUGCCUCCAUUUCUGUGUCUUAUCGAAAACUUUCGAGAUGAACAGCUAUGUAGAUUCACAUCAACGCUACUUGUUUAUUGUCAUGCGUUUCUCUUUCGUCUUUGUUUAAAUAUUAUUUUUUUAAGUAUUAUUUUUGAUGAUAAGGAUUACUGUGAAACAUUUACGGUACGCGACGGAGGUUUCAGGCGCUUUCAAUAAGAUGGAAAUCCAGGUACGGACUUAAAAGAGGUACUGUUUAUUUUGAAAGGAACGAGCAUAAUCGGACACAGUCGGAAGGUUAUUUUUUGUCCAGCAGAAAGACAUUUUCAGGUAUUUCGAGUCCAGUUUUUUCGGGAACGGAAGGGAAAGAGCAGCUUUUACAUUUUUACUGUGGUUCAGAGGGACUGUGGUUUGUACAAUAGAGAUAGCUCGGCUUUUUAAUUCAUCUGCUUUGUUUUAAUUCCAUUUUGAUGUCAAUAUUAGUGGCUAAUGUGCAGGUUUCCAUAUUAAUCCCGACUCAAAUGAAGAUGAGAUCUCCGGGUGAUCCCAUAAUGCAGACUAAUGCUUAUAUUUUGUCACCAGGCCAAAUCUUUACAACAGCGGACAGCAUGGCAUUUCUAUUAA